AUGAAGAUUUCUACUUUGUUCUUUCCAACUUUGGUAAUUUCUGGGUAUGUGAUUCAAUUCAAAGACUCGUUAGGAUUGAAGCAAUUGUUGGAUCAAGAUGAUAAAUCUAAUGUUUUACACCAUAUCAGACCAUAUAUCACAAAUAAGCUCACCAUUGGGUCGUUCCAAGGAAUAGCUGGUAACUUUACUGAUGACGUUGUUAAAAGAUUGAAAAGUUCUCCAUUUGUCAAAGACAUUGUCCCUGAUGUUAUUGUUAAAGCUUUCGAAUCUGAACAAGAGAUAAAUUCAGAACUCACCAUACAUCUUGCAAGGCUUUCAAGAAACGCUAAACUUCCAUCAAAUCAAGCUGUGAAUUACUAUCAUGAACCUGUAUUCAAUGGAAAGGGUGUAUUUGUCUAUAUCAUUGAUACUGGGAUUAAUAAAGAGCAUCCUGAAUUUGAAGGUCGUGCAAUCUUCGGUGCUGAUUUCACUUCAGAAGGCGAUGGAGAUCGUAAUAAUCAUGGAACCCAUGUUGCCGGUGUUGUUGGCUCCAAAACUUAUGGUGUCGCAAAAGAGGCUACAUUAGUUGAAGUUAAAGCUUUAGAUAGAUUGGGUCAAGGGUCUUUAAGUACGGUUUUAGCUGCUCUUGAAUUCGCAGUUAAUGAUAGAAAAUCCCGUGGAGUUCCUGGUGUUGUUAACUUAUCCCUUGGUUCUGCAAAAAACACUGUGCUAAACCAAGCAAUUAAAGCAGCUGUUGAAUCUGGUCUAGUUGUUGCUGCUGCUGCUGGUAAUGCAAAUAUUGAUUCAUGUCUUACAAGUCCAGCAAGCUCCUCUUUUGCAAUCACGGUUGGUGCUAUUGAUGAUAAAACAGACUCUAUUGCACAUUUUUCAAAUUGGGGAAAUUGUGUCGAUGUUUUCGCCAGUGGGGUGUUGGUUAAUAGUGUUGACGCAUUCAAUUAUGAUAACCCAUUGGUUCAUUCAGGUACUUCUAUGGCCUCACCUUCUGUUUCAGGAUUAUCAGCCAUUUUAUUACAAAAAGGAGUUCCAGUCAAUGAGAUUUCAAAUCAAAUCAAAUUGCUGUCAACAAAGGACCAAAUCAAUAGACGCUCAAAGAUGUUUAGGCCAUCAACUCCUGAUAGAAUUGCAAAUAAUGGUGUUCAAAAGCACGAUGAUGUUUACCCAGAGGAAAAAAUUGAAGAAGGAAAUAUUAAAGAUGAUGAUUCUUUUGACUCAGAUCGUUUGAGAAAAUUCAAAGAUGGAGAACCUAGACCUGAUGACUUGAAAUCGGACGAUUCAGCUCCUCAAAGUGUUGGUGGUUUGGAUAUUGCCGUUGAUAAACAUAAUGAUGAAAGUGACUCUACAAUUUGA